AUGGGCCGACGGCCUGCGCGGUGCUACAGGCAGAUCAAGGGGAAGCCGUACCCCAAGUCGCGCUUCUGCCGCGGUGUGCCAGACCCCAAGCUCAGGAUCUACGAUGUGGGCGCCAAGAAGGCGCCCGUGGACCAGUUCCCCAAGUGCGUGCACUUGGUGAGCUGGGAGAAAGAGAACGUGUCCUCUGAGGCGCUGGAGGCCGCCCGCGUGGCGUGCAACAAAUACCUGACCAAGCACGCCGGCAAGGACGCCUUCCACAUCCGCAUCCGCGUCCAUCCCUUCCACGUGCUGAGGAUCAACAAGAUGUUGUCGUGCGCCGGGGCUGAUAGGCUCCAAACGGGGAUGCGGGGCGCCUUUGGGAAGCCCCAGGGCGUGUGUGCGCGCGUCAAGAUCGGCCAAGUGCUGAUGUCCGUGAGGUGCAGGGACCAGCACACGGAGGUUGCGCGCGAGGCUCUCCGUCGCGCGAAGUUCAAGUUCGCCGGGCGGCAGAAGGUGGUGGACAGCAGAAACUGGGGCUUCACGUCCUACGGACGGGAGGACUACGUGCAGUGGCGGCGUGCGGGGCGGCUGGUGCCCGACGGCGUGAACGCCAAGCUGCUGGGCAACCACGGCCCGGUCGACUCCAGGGUGCCCAAGCAGCUCUUCUCCACAGCGGCUCGAAACUGCGGGAUCCCCAUCCACGACGAGUGA